AUGCCAUCACACAUCCAUUGCAUGCACAAAAUCCACCGCAUCGCCUGCAUCCCGGGCGACGGCAUCGGCAUCGACAUAACAGACGCAGCCAAGCACGUGCUCCACGCCCUCGCCACCACAUCCGGUGGUUUCGAAUUCGACUUUUACACUUUCGACUGGAGCAGCAAAAACUAUCUCGAGCGCGGCUGGUACAUGCCUAGCGACGGAUUGCAGCAGCUCAAAAGCUACGACGCCAUAUACUUUGGCGCGGUCGGCUGGCCAGACGUUCCAGACCAUAUCUCGCUCUGGUCCCUGAUCCUGCCGAUUCGCAAAUGCCUCAAUCAGUACGUUAAUGUGCGGCCGACGCGCAUCCUGCAGGGUGUCGCGUCGCCGCUGGCAAACUGUAAGAGGGAGGAUUUGGAUUGGGUUAUUGUGCGCGAGAACUCCGAGGGCGAGUAUUCUGGUCAGGGUGGUGUGUCGCAUGAGGAUGGGCCGCAUGCGGUUGCGACUGAAGUCAGCAUCUUCACUAGAGUGGGGAUUGAGAGGGUGAUGAGGUAUGCGUUUGAGACGGCACGGUCGCGGCCGAGGAAGAAGUUGACCAUGGUGACGAAGAGCAAUGCGCAGAGGCACGGCAUGGUACUUUGGGAUAAGGUGUUUUAUGAGGUUGCGAAAGAGUACGAGGAUAUCGAGAUUGACAAGAUGCUCGUCGAUGCCAUGACGGUGCGCAUGACGCUGCAUCCCUCCACGCUCGAUACGAUUGUUGCUACCAACCUCCAUGCAGACAUCUUGUCCGACCUUGCGGCAGCGCUGAGCGGAUCCAUUGGCAUUGCCCCGUCGAGUAAUCUCGACCCUGCGCGUGCCAACCCAAGCAUGUUUGAGCCCAUCCACGGCUCUGCGCCUGAUAUUGCGGGCAAAGGCAUAGCGAAUCCCGUGGGCGCCUUCUGGAGUGCAGCGGAAAUGGUACGAUGGUUAGGCGAGGACAAAGCCGCCGACGGGCUGAUGAAGGCGAUUGAAAACGUCACCGCAGCAGGUAUCAAGACCAAGGACUUGGGUGGAAGCGCGGAUACAAAGACCGUGACAGAUGCCGUAUGCGCUGAAAUCGAGAAGAUCUGCAAACUCGAGUGA